AUGUCCAGUAUAACAACACAACCACAAAGUGAAGAAGUGGUACCGAACCAACAAUCUCAACAACAACCUCAAAAAUCAAACGAUCCUUUAGCAACAAGAGUGGAAGAUUUAUAUUUAGAAAGUUAUGCAUUUACAACAGCGGCAGCAAUAGUUGGAUCAGUAGAUAGAAAAAUAUUUGUUUUAUUAAGAGAUGGAAGAAGUCUAUUUGGUAUAUUAAGAACAUUUGAUCAAUUUGCAAAUUUAGUACUACAGGAUACAUUUGAAAGAAUAUAUUUGAAAUCAGACACCACGGAAGAAAAUGAAAAAUUUGGAGAAAUAUAUAGAGGAGUAUUUAUGGUAAGAGGAGAAAAUGUUGUUAUGAUGGGAGAAUUAGAUAUUGAUAAAGAAGAUGAUCAUUUAAAAACAAUUGAACAAAUACCAUUUGAACAAGUAGAAAAAGAAUUAAAAUUAAAGCAUGAAAAUUUGAUAAAAAAUGAAAGACGAAGGACUAAAAAUUAUUUACAAAAGGGAUUAAUAAAUGACUUUUAUAAAUCUGAUUUAUAUUAA